AUGGGCAAUGUGGGGACGCGGUCCCAGUGCUGUUCUGGGGACCAAAUGGGCAAGGAAGACGACCAAGACACAGGGGAGGUGAAGGGCAUUUCAGACCCGCCCAUGGGCGCCCCAAAAGGAAAGGGCUCCAAGGAGGGGACUGAGCCCAACUCCCAGGAGUCCUCAGGUGUCUUCGAGCGGAAGCGACACAAGGCGCGGACGUGGGUUCAGGAUGUACCCAGCGACGUGCGGACCUUCGUCGCCAGCAUCACGAAGCCGGCCGGGAAGGAGACGACCGCAAAGCUAGGUCUUGACAUUGACUACGCUGAGGAGAGCACCGCCAUCCCUGUGGUGGAUGUCAAUGGGGGCCUCGUUGGGCAGUGGAACGACGAAAACCCCAUGAAGCUGAUAAGGAGCGGCGACUGCAUUGUAGCCGUGAAUGGCAUCUCAAAGGAUGUUCCCGAAAUGCUCAAGACCUGCCUGAACUGUGGCAAUCUCGAGCUUCUGAUAGUCAGAGGGACCACUGAAGAGAAGGGCAUAGAGCCCGUCGCCUCGGGGCUUUUGGCAGCUGAAGGCUACUACCAACAGGUCGAGGCAAAGAAGAUCUCGGAUGCCAAUCCGUCAGAGCAGAACCAGGGCAAAGGCAAUGGCAAAGCACCUCCCCAACUGGAGGGCCCAGAUGCCGAUGAGCUCGCGAGGACUCUGGCAAAGAAGAGAACUCUGAACUGGUUCGUCCGUGGAUGA